AUGCACGUGUCCGAGCCAUCAACUGCACACUCGAGCGCCCCGCCGCCCCCUUCUUCCCCCGCUGCCCUCUUCUUCCUCGCAUCCGGCGCCCCCCCUCCCCGCCCCCCGCCGCCGCCGCGCCCUUCUCCCGCCACCUUCUCCCCCGCCGCCGACAUGCCGCCGCGCCGCUGGAGUAGCUCCGGCUACCGCGGCGUCCGCGUCCACUCUUCCGAGGACCCAACUCCGUUGCAUUGCCAGAAUCCAUGUUCUAUCCGCUCCGGUGGCGCACGUCUCGGUCUCGAGACGUUCGAGAACGCGCACGAGGCCACCCGCGUGUACGACGCGGCGGCGUGGCGCCUCUCAAGGACACACUCGCUGAUGAACUUCGACGACGUGUGGACGUGCGAGCAGGCGCAGGAACUCGCGGCUCCGCCGCGGCUAGUAACCAACGGCGACCGUCGGGAACACCGUAGGCAGCAGCGGCGCCUCCUCAUCGUUGAGCCAGACGAGCAAGCCAUGGCGGAGUGGCGACAGCGCUACCCGGAGGACGUCGCCGACGAGAACGCCUUCUGGGCGAAGAGGAGGGUAAAGCGGCGCGUGAAACGGGCGGACAUGCGUCAGCGGAAGGCACUGGCGAUAUCGCAGUACGACCUGGGACAGGCGUCAUUCUUUGACGACAACGAUCCUCGGUGGGAAGACGAGUUUCUGUCGACGUCGGACGACACCAGCGAGGAGGAGGACGACUCGGAGUAG